UAUAUAUCUAGCUAUCCAAUCAAUUAAAAGAAAAGGCGAAAUAUGACACACAGGAUGGCAAGCACUGAUUAAGAAAUUUUUUUAUCGAGUAUUCAUUCCUACGCCUAUAUAUUUCUUCAAAUUAAUUUUUCUGAAAAAAGAAGAAAAAAUAAGCAGAGAAUCCAGCAGCAGUUUCCGUCGCUUUCUGUUUGCCCAAAAAACUAAAUCCCGGAUUUCUUCCGUAAUUCCCGCUGUUUAAUUUUUCUCCGAUUCCGAACGAGCAGAGUACAGGAGACAACAGAAUUUCUUUUUCUUGGACUGAUUGGUUAUCGAAUAUGCUCUGUUAGCAUUUUCUAAAACAGAAAUUAUGGGGAUAAAAUCUUACCAGAAUCCAGCUGAGCUGCUGGUAAAGGAAUAUUUACUAGCGGAUUCCUUCAUCCCAUACACAUCAAUCAUUUGUGGCAUUUGUGCCUGCAAGAUGGUAUAUGAUCUUACUCAGUUGUUUAGCAGUGUUUACUUUAAGAGCUAUCCUAGCCUACCAAAAAUUCAACGCACUGAGUGGAGCAACCGAUCCAUAUCAACCUUUCAUGCCAUGUUCAUAACUGCCAUGUCCUUAUACUUCGUGUUUUGGUCAAACCUCUAUUCUGACAACCAAUAUGCUGGCAUGGUUACUUUCCGCAGUUCUGCACUGUCUACAUUCAGUUUGGGGGCAUCUGUUGGUUACUUUCUGGCUGACCUUGGGAUGAUUAUUUGGUUUUACCCUUCUCUAGGUGGAAUGGAGUAUGUCCUUCAUCAUCUUCUGUCAUUAGCAGCUGUAGCAUAUUCUAUGUUGACUGGGGAGGGGCAGCUUUACACCUUCAUGGUACUAAUCUCUGAGACUACAACGCCUGGGAUCAAUUUGAGAUGGUAUCUUGACACAGUUGGAAUGAAGAGAUCCAAAGCUUACUUGGUCAAUGGAGUUGUAAUAUUUGUCGCAUGGUUGGUUGCUAGAGUACUCCUGUUUAUGUAUCUAUUUUAUCACAUCUACUUGCACUAUGAUCAGGUAAAGCAGAUGCACAGCUAUGGGCUGUUGUUAAUAUUCGUUGUGCCGUCAGUCCUAUCAGUUAUGAACUUAUUUUGGUUCGGAAAGAUUAUAAGGGGAUUAAGGAAGACAUUAGCAAAGCGGCAGUGAAGAAAAGGGUAUAGCAAAACAGAAACUGAUGAUGAAUUGGGACAUGGAUCGACCGAUUGACCGGCAAAGAAAAUCAUUGUAUUCUAUUAGGCCUAAUGUCCUUAGCAUUUGAUCUCACCCUCUUGAUUGUUAAAUACGUAAAUGGGUAUAGGUGAAAACUAGAGUUUUGAUUCAACGUCACAAAUCUGAAGGAACGAUGAAAACUAAAUACCUGGUGUAUGAUGGGAAAUCUGUGUACAUGGUGAAGUGAAUUGAAUUAAUAGAAGAUAAAUUCUGGUUAAAUAAA